CGGAAGUUCUAGCACUUUCUGGCAUGUCUCGAAAGUUGUAGACCGAUGUUGUUAUGUUUCACAACGUUUUCACCCGUACCCCCAGUAUUUCAAGCUUGACAUGCACCAUCGUCUUGCAUAUCUUACGAAGAUUGCAAGGUGUAUAGAACUACGCAGUUUGAUUCGUGUUCAUCAAACAGUGGGUGAUUGAACAAAAUCCAGAACUACUCGCAACGUGAACGGAUUAACUGACUUUCGUUUCGACUGACUUCCUUCGUAAGUCUUUCAUAUCUUUAGACUACUUUUUGACAGCCACUCACCCACUGUCAGGCACUGAUUAAAUCAGCAGAUCAGGCGGGCAUUGCUCUCAAGAACCACUGAAAUAUUUUAUCACUAUUUCUACGGUAAAACUAAAAGGGUGCCUGACGGCCCUUGGCCUUGACUUAUAAAUGAUGGGGAAGGAUUAUUAUUCUAUUCUUGGACUUCCCAAAGGAGCCUCUGAAGACGAAAUUAAAAAGGCUUAUAAAAAAAUGGCCCUGAAGUAUCAUCCAGAUAAAAACAAGUCUCCAGGUGCAGAGGAUAAAUUCAAAGAAGUCGCCGAAGCAUACGAUGUUCUAUGUGACAAGGAUAAGAAAGAAAUCUAUGACAAAUAUGGUGAAGACGGUUUAAAACGUGGAGGAGGGGGAGGAGGAGGAGGACCUGGUAACUUCUAUACUUUCACCGGUGACCCACAUGAGAUGUUCAAGGACUUUUUUCGAGGGGCUGACGAUUCCAAGUUUUUCUUUGGAGGUGGUGGACCUGGCAGAGGCUCACAAUCAUUUUUUGGGGGGGGACAUGAAGAUAUGGAUGUUGACGAUUUGUUCGGCUUCGGGUCACAGAGAACUGGCCAUGGGGGACCAGCAGGGUUUAGUCAGUUCAACACAUCGUCACACGGAAUGGGUGGAGGACGAAAGCGACAAGACCCGCCCAUUCAGCGUGAUCUUCAAGUAUCAUUGGAAGAAAUUUAUAAUGGAACGCAAAAGAAAAUGAAAAUUAAACGUAAGAUACUGAAUGCUGAUGGACGUACUACGAGACAAGAAGACAAAGUUUUAACAAUUGAUGUAAAGAAAGGAUGGAAAGCGGGAACAAAGAUAACUUUUCCCAAAGAAGGAGAUCAAACCCCAAACAAUAUACCAGCUGACAUUGUAUUCGUGAUAAAGAAUAAGCCCCAUCAAGUUUAUGUUCGAGACGGCAGUGAUAUCAAGUACAAGGCAAAGAUAACUUUGAAAGAGGCACUUUGUGGUACUGAAAUCCGGAUUCCAACAAUAGAUGGCCAAGUCCUCCCUGUUAAUAUCAAGGGAGUAACCAAACCAACAACAGUGAAGCGAAUCCCAGGUCAUGGUCUUCCGUUACCGAAACAGCCAACAAAAUGUGGUGAUUUAGUUGUGGAAUUUGAUAUCUGUUUCCCAGAUCACCUGUCUCCGGAAGCUAAUCGAAAAAUGGCUCAGUAUCUUCCAUAAACAUUUACACUGGCUUUGGUCAAAUAGUUUCAUGUCUUAGGGUACAUGGGUCAUGACAUUGAGCUAGUGGGACAGUUUUGAUCAAUCGCUGGCUAAAGGACUGCCUGGACUAUUAUAAAAGACCAUAGUAUGUUAUAUUUUGUCACAUAUGUAAAUCUGAUUUGAAUUUGGCAUGUUACUAGUCUUACACAGUGGUUGUUUUGGCUUGAAUGUAGGCUCUUAUUUUGCUUCGUUUAUAGGUGGUUCUCAUAGAACGAAUGUAUGUCAGAGAUUACCUUUAAAUACAUGUUUGUCUGAUCUGUUGCAUUGGACUACAAAAUAUGGAAUAAAACGCUCAACUUGUAGGCAUUAGUAAUAAGUGUAUGGAAAAAAAAAUUACAAGUGAGCCCACAUGCUCGUACUGGAGUGUAGGUCAUAUGUAGAUGUGAGGUAUGCUGGAAUGUUCUCGGCUCACAUUGAACAUCUAUAAUUGAGAGAGUGCAGGUGAAUACUGGAUGAUAUGUAGCAGGCUUAUAAAUACAUCAGUACCUUCAAAACAGCUCGACUGACUUGGUCACCUGACUAAAAAUGUAACCUUCUGCCCCAAUGUAAUUCUCUUAGCAUGUCCAGGCCACAGUGUGUUUCAAGAUGCCAAAGCUUACUCAAUGAUUCAAUGUAUUGCUCUUGGUGUUGUAUGUAGGCCUAACCCUUUUAGCCAGAAAGACUACAUACCAGCGUAACUAAAUGCGAGAAUGCGACAUCAUGUCUCUUGACCCUGUCAACUGCUGCUCUUUAACUGAGGAAUAUGUACAGUCUAUUUGGUGUGCAUACAGACCAGACUCAAGAGUUGUAUCAUCCCUGAGUAAGGUGUAUAAACGUCAGAUUGUACAGCAAGUGUAGGUGGAAUUAAUUCUGGAAUUUUCAGUAAAGAGAUGUCUCUGGAAUUUUCUAUUGACAACGUUACAUGUUGGUGUAAUUACACUGCUAGAUAUUGCCGGAGGGAAGGAAAAAAUAUCUUUGUUACAUGUUCAAUCAGAAACAGAUCAAUCAAUAUUAAUUGCCUGUUUCUUAUUAUCAUGUAUCAGAAGGAAGAUAUUUUCUAUUGGGUCAGUGUUUUUGUGUCAUUUUUAAAUGGUUUGUUUGAGUCAUUUGGAAGAAUCAAGAAGAUUUUCAAAAAGAAUAAAGGGACUUGUGAACUACUGAAGAAUAUUAUGAAGCAUCCAAUAGAAAUUGCUGAUGUCCUUUACAUCUUUUUGAAAACAUAAUUUCGAAAAGAUAGGUCUGCAAUUUAACUCCGAGAAAAAGUUUAGAAACAUGCCUGUUAUUAAAUCUUAUUACUUAUAUGAUUGUUGAAACUUUAUAUUUUUUGUUUGUUUAUUUGCUACAUGCAUAUGUACAUUUUGCUUUCUGUACUUGCAUAGCAGAAGGAUAAAAUGGUGGAGGCAUAAUGCCGUUAUUUCAACGUGUCUUUCAACUUGUAUCGGGGGUGGGGGGAUCAAUUUGAAUUCAGGAAAUGUUGUGUGUAUUAUCAUGUAUGUGAAUCCUGUAAAUAUAUGUUUAGGAAAAUGAUAUUGGCGCUCAAAGCAAGGACCAAUACUACAUGGAUGAUUCAGCAAGAUGGUACAUGUACUGUAUGUUAAAAACUUUAAAAUAGUAAUUUUUAUAUUAUUGCCAUAUUAACCUGUUCAUUGAAUAUUUGCUGGGGAAAAUAUAAUUGGCGCUGAAAGGGUCAAUACUGUGUGUAAGAUUUAGCAACAUGGGAUGUUAAAAACUCGAAAAGCUGUCGUUUGAAUUGCAAUAAGCCAAUAUUAAGUUUGUAAACCCUGUAUAGCUUUACAAAAUAAAUGAUUCUGUA